GUAGACAUUGUAUCUUCUACACUAAUAAUAAUAAUGUGCUGAACCUUUAAUUUGUGUCAAACCGCUUGAACAAACACAACACUAAAACAGGGGAUAGCUGGCCUGGCACCAUAGCUGCAGUGGUUAUGGUGCCCAGAGGCUCCCACAGGAAUCAUUCUACAACAUCAGAUCCAGGAGUUUGGGUUUAGAAUUUGGUGCCAGCUCUGAUUGUUGUAGAUAAGAUAUUUAGUGAUGUGUUUUGGGAGGUUUCUUUUGUUUUAAUUUAGUUUUUUUAGCUGAUAUAAACUUUAGUUUUGUUGCACAGACUGGUAUUAACAGGUUUCAUAUAUCCUGAUGUUGUAGUUUACGUUGGUGUGCCUCAUGCUGCAGGAUUCAACGCCAUGUUAUAUCCAAUACUUUAUGGAUCAUAAACCGGGAGAAAAUGGAGCUGAUGGAGAAGAUGACGAGUCCCACGUCUAAGAUGGACCGCCAGUUCAGUGGGCAGGGACAAUAUGUGUUUGACGAAGUCGCCAUUUACUUCUCGGAGGAUGAAUGGGGCUGUUUAACACAAGACGAUAAAGAGCUUUACGUGGGCGUGAUGAUGGAGAAUUAUCAGAACCUCUGGUCUCUAGGUUGGAUUGAUAGGACACCUCCGGUUAUAUCCGCUAUCGAACAAAGAGAAGAGCCGUAUGUGAGUUAUCGCCGACCGUUCAAGAAGGAAUGGCCUAUAAAUACUGGCACAGAUGAUGUAUCCCUAAGAACUACACAAGAUGGAUUUCCUGACUCUGUUUUUUUACCAGAUAGGAUGAACGAUGACGGCAUAGACAUCCAGAAAAAUAUGUACUGCGUUCUAAACAAACCACUGAAAAAUCUGUGCAAAUCAGCAGGCAAUGUUCUACAGAAUUCUGAAUCGUGUGAAGAACUAAAUCUCACAGAUAAUGGUAUAGAGACAGAGCAUAAACAGACUGGAGAGCUGAGGUUUAAUUAUGAAAACUGCAUAAUGAAGAGUAACAACCAGAAAAAGAUUGAAACCAUAUCAGUAUUAAAGUGCAGUGAGUAUGAUACCAAUAGGCAAAGCACCGACACUUCAAGGGAAUUCUACAAGUGUAGUAGGUGCGAGGAAAGUUUUAAUAUUAAAUCAUAUCUUAUUGAACAUCAGCAGAAAGUCCACAGAAAAGAGAACCAGUAUUCUUGUGCUGAAUGUGGGAAAUGCUUUACCUUUCCCACACGUUUACGUAGACAUCAGAUGAUUCACACAGGAGAGAAACCAUUUUCAUGUUCUGAGUGUGGAAAAUCUUUUUAUUAUUCAUCAGAACUUGUUAAUCAUCAGAGGAUUCACACAGGAGAGAAACCAUAUUCAUGUUCUAAAUGUGGGAAAAGUUUUACCCGUUCCUCAUUUCUUUAUAGGCAUCAGAGAACUCACACAGGUCAACCAUUUUCAUGUUCCGAGUGUGGGAAAUGCUUUACUUUUAAGUCAAGCCUUAACAAGCAUCAGAAAAUCCAUAGAGCAGAGAAACGUAUCUGUGAAAAACGCAGAAAAUGUUUUACACGUCCUUCACAUUUCAUAAUGAAUCAGAGGACUCACACAGGAGCAAAAGUUUUUUCAUGUUCUCAGUGUGGGAAAUGCUUUUCAUGCUCCUCAAACCUUGUUAGGCAUCAGAGGAUUCACACUGGAAAGAAACCAUUCUCGUGUACUGAAUGUCAGAAGUGUUUUGCUUCUAAGUCAAGCCUUAAGUCGCAUAAGAAAAUGCACAUGAGUAAAAAACCAUACUUCUGUGCAGAAUGUGGAAAAUAUUUUCUUCAUUCUUCAGAUCUUGUUAGUCAUCAGAUGACUCACACAUUUUGUUGCUUAAAAUGUGGGAAAAGGUUUAAGUAUUUGUCUCGUUUUGUUCAACAUCAGAAGAUUCACACUGGAGAGAAACCAUUCUCGUGUCCUGAAUGUCAGAAGUGUUUUGCUUCUAAGUCAAGUCUAAAUUCACAUAAGAAAACCCAUAUGAGUGAAAAACCAUACUCCUGUGCAGAAUGUGGAAAAUGGUUUCUUUAUUCUUCAGAUUUUGUUAUUCAUCAGAGGACUCACACAGGAGAGAAGCCAUUUUCUUGCUCAGAAUGUGGGAAAUGUUUUACCCGUUCCACAAACCUUUCAAGGCAUCAGAUGACUCACACAGGAGAGAAACCAUUUUCUUGUUCUAAAUGUGAUAGAGCGUUUACAUGUUCUAUAUAUCUUGUAAAACAUCAGAAGAUUCACACUGUAGAGAAACCAUACUCAUGUUCUGAAUGUCAGAAGUGUUUUGCUUCUAAAUCAGAUCUUAAUUUACAUAAGAAAGUCCACAUGAGUGAAAACCCAUACUCCUGUGCAGAAUGUGGAAAAGCUUUUACUCGUGCUUCAGAAUUUGUUAGUCAUCAGAUGACUCACACAGGCGAGAAGCCAUUUUGUUGCUCUGAAUGUGGGAAAUGUUUUAGCCGUUCCACAAACCUUUCAAGACAUCAGAAAACUCACACAGGAGAGAAACCAUUUUCUUGUUCUGAAUGUGGUAAAGCAUUUACUUGUUCUUUAUAUCUUGUAAGGCAUCAGAAGAUUCAUUCCGGAGAGAAAUCAUUAUCUUGCUCAGAAUGUGGAAAAUGUUUUACAGAAAUAUCAAACCGUAUUAAACAUGAAUUGAUGCACAUAGGAGUGAAACCAUUCUCAUGUUCUGAGUGCAAGAAAUGUUUUUCUCACGAGUCCAGUCUUCGUUUGCAUCAGAGAAUUCAUACAGGAGAAAAACUAUUGUCAUGUACAGAGUGUGGGAAAUGUUUCACAUGCAGCUCAGAAUAUGUAAAACACCAGAGGUCUCACACAGGAGAAAAACCAUUUUCUUGUUCUGAAUGUGGGAAGAGUUUUAUAUGUUCUUCUCGUCUUUUCCAACAUCAAAUGAUUCAUACAGGAGAGAAACCAUUUGUAUGUUCUGAAUGUGGAAAGUGCUUUGCCCGUUCCAGCCUUCUUACUACGCAUAAAAGAAUACACACAGGAGAGAAGCCAUUUUCUUGUUCUGAAUGUGGGAAAUGUUUUUCUUCUAAAUCUUAUCUUAGUGAACACCUGGUGAUCCACACAGGCAAGAAGCCAUACUCAUGCACUGAGUGUGGGGAAGGGUUUAUAAGAAAAUAUCAUCUUGUUGAACAUCAGCAAAUUCAUGUUUGCUAAAAUCUGUUCUGGUCCUCUAAGUGGGUAAAAUGUCUUAAUGAGAAAAUAAUUAGGUUUAUUCAUUAAACAAGUUACAGUGCACUUUUUCACUAAGACUGGCUGUACU